GGUAGUCGAAGGACUCCAUUCAAUCCCGGUCUCCUUCCUUUCACACUUGCUCGAUCUCACUCCUCUAAAAUUCGACCACUUUUUCAGCCCAAAUCAAAGAAUCCCAGAAAAACCCACAUUUUAUAAAUCCCUCUUAGAUUAGAAAAAGAGGGACUGAGAAAAAUAUGGCAUUAAAUCCAAGAAUAUUGAAGGCAGGAUUGGGGCUAUUGGCAGUUUGUUUGGCAGCCUAUAUUUUAGGUCCACCAUUAUAUUGGCAAUUUAAGGAAGGUUUAGCAUCUGUCAAGCGUUCAUCAUCAUCUUCUUCUGCAUCUCCUUACACUACCUCAUCUGCGAUUUCUUGCCCUCCAUGCCACUGCGAUUGUUCUGCUCAGUCGCUUCCCUCCAUUCCCCAAGGUUUGAGCAAUAAUUCCUUUGCAGAUUGUGCAAAACACGAUCCAGAUGUUAGUGAAGACACAGAAAAGAAUUUUGUAGAACUUUUGUCUGAGGAAUUAAAGCUGCGAGAAACUGAAGCAUUGGAAAAUCAGCAACGUGCUGAUAUGCAAUUGCUUGAGGCCAAGAAGAUGACCUCCCAAUAUCAAAAAGAGGCAGACAAGUGCAAUAGUGGAAUGGAGACCUGUGAAGCGGCAAGGGAAAAAUCUGAAGCAGCUUUAGCGGCGCAGAAGAAACUCACUGCCAUGUGGGAGAUGAGAGCUCGUCAGAAAGGAUGGAAAGAAGGCGCUGCAAAGUCUCGCACACAAGAAAAUGUACAGGCUAUGUAACUCUAGUGGCCGUGGGUAUUGUUGUUAGUUGGAUAACUCGCAUGGAAUUCGUCUUCUUAGGGUGGAAGUUCUCCAUAUUCAGAGGCCUGAGCUCGAAGUGAGCAUUAGGUUGAUGAAUUUCCACCCAGUGUAUUUUACAGUAUUAGGUCUCUUACACAAAGCAUACUGGUCUUCUGAAGCUGACCACCAUUUGUGCUGCUGUGAACUGUGAAGCAAGCGAUAUAGAUUUGACGCCAUACCUUAUAGUAAUGUUGAUUUCCAAUUGUAGGAUGCUUUGGGAAGUUUGUGAUCAUGUUACUACCACUUCUACCUUCUGGGAAAGUUUUGGAUUGUCAAAUCAGCAAUUUAUUGGUUUUGUGAUGAUUAUUUUUCAA